GUGUCACCUGAUGAAGGAUCAACUUCAAAUGACAGAAAAGCGGAUGGAGGAGAACAGAGCCAGGAACCAGCAGUUUGAAACAGAGCAGGCUGAACUGCACCAGAAGUUGUCAUGCUUACAACAAGAGCUGAGUGUAUUAAAGCACCAGUAUGACUUGUUGCUGGAGCAAGUGGGCCAACAAAACCAUCUCAUACAGCAGCUCCAACGGAGCCCCCAAGAAAACUUGAGCCCCGCAGAGCCUGAAGAGGCAGACAUGACUGCGGAGGCAGCAAGCCACAUUGAUGUUGAAGCCACUGUGGAACCAGCAUUAAAUUCAUUGACAGGAAAUGAGGCCAAAUUGGAGGAACUGUCAAUUCAACCUGAUGAGUCCCCCAGUGAAACGGAACAAAUCCUUGAGCCGGAUGUAAUCCAACCAGAGAUGAUCGAGGAACAUGUGGAAGAAGACAGAGAUGUAUGUAUCGAAGUUAGACACCAAAUGCAGAUAAUCGACGGGAAACUAUUUGAUCAGGUUCAGGAGGAGAGCAUUGCCUGCAACGUCCUUGAACAUGAAGCCGCUACCUUACACUCAAUCACAGGCACAGAACCUGUGCAGUUACAAGACGACCGCAAAGACCUCUCAAAGCGGGAAGAGGAAGUCCGUGCCCUGCUUUCUGAGAUUGACCUGCUCACGUCAGACCUAGCACUGAGGAAGGAAUUGACCUCAGACCUCCAAGCGCAAGUCCAAAACUUGGAGCAGAAAGUUGAUGGGGCGGAAGAGGAAGCACGUUGCGCAGCAAAUAAGCUGAACAAUGUUUUGAAGGAGAAGAAUAGCUUAUCUGAGCAGUUGUCUCAGCUGUCAGAUGAAAGAGAAACCUUAACGCUGCAGCUCCAAACAGCUAAAUGCCAGCUAGCUGAUGUUAUGGAAAUGUUGGAAGGACUCGAAAUGACCAAAGGUGGGUGGGACGAGAAGUUCCUCCAGCAGGAAAGCGAGCUGAAGAGGGUUCGCUCCGAGAAAGCCAAUCUGGAGCAACACAUCCUAGACUUGGAGUGUGAGCUGGAGGCCCUGCAGGAGGAGCGCCGCAAGCUGGGGAAUGAGCUCGAAACUCAGAAGAGGACUUGCUCGGGCUUGGAGCAGCAAAUCGAAACGCUCACCUCUGAGACAAUCCAGCUACGAUCCGAACUGGUUUCCUGCGCCGAAGAACGAGAGGAGCUGAGUCAGGCUGUUGGUCAAUUGCGAGAGAUACUACACGGGAUGGAGACCACCGACCGUGACACCAGGUCUUACAUAUCCAUUCUGCAGAAUGACAUCCGAGAUGCAAACAGGGAGAACGAAGCCCUGCAAGGCAGCAUAGACAAAAUGAAGGCGGAGAGGCAACAGCUGUUGGAGCAGAUGAAUGUGUUGGAGGAAGCCAUGUCUCAGCAGACUGAAGAGAAGGAACAAUUGAUUGGGCAGCUUGACAAGAUUAAGGAAGCUCACACGUCUGCCAGUCAAAACACAGAGACCAUGUUCAGCAAAAUCCAGGCUUUGGAGGGACAAGUGCGACAGCUGACGCAAUCUUUGGAGUCUUCCCUACUUGAAAAAGGUGAAAUCGCUUCUCGACUGAACUCCACAAAGGACGAGGUCCAGCAGAUGCGCACCGGCAUCGAAAAGCUCCGUGCCCGCAUCGAAUCUGACGAGAGGAAGAAGCAGCAUGUGGGCGAACUCCUCAGAGCCGCUCAGAGGAAGUCUGACUCACUGCAAGACCGCAUUGACGCUCUACACCGAGAGAAGGAGGAUGCAGAGCAAGACCUUGAGGAAGCUGUCCUUCAGACUGAGACCCUCAAAGCUGAGCUGGAAGAGGAAAGGAUCAAGGUGGAUGAAGAGAAGAGAGGUCUUAGUGAAGAGCUCCUGAAGCUUUCUGCCACUCUGGACAGCUUGAGAUCUGAGAAGGAGGCUCUGGAGCGAGAGCUGCAGAUGAAAAACGAAGAGCUGGAGGAACUGAAGGCUACCAAGGAGGAAUUGGAGCGAGGCCUGAAGAGGGCAGAGAUGGAUCAUAGAGAAGAGGAGGAAAGGCAGAGGUGCAAGGUGGAGGAGUUGGAGAGGCAGAUGAGGGAGGAGGCGGGGAAACAGACGAGGCUGGUGGAUGACCUCCAAGUGCAGCUUGAAGCGUCUCAUCAACGAGAGCUGUCUUUUGAAGAAAAGAGCACAGAAAUGGAGAGGGAGCGAGAGAGAAUGAAGAGCCUCCUGGAGAAGCUGGAGGAAGAGAAACAACAUCUGCAGGAGUCGCUGCAGGAGUGGAAGAUGCAUGGAGAGGAGUGGGAAAGACAAAAAAACAAUCUGACGACUUGCAUUGAGGGUUUGGAAGAAGACAUUGUAAAGGCCAAACAGACGGAUGAUAAAAAAGAGCUAGAAGGAGAAAAUAGACGACUGCGAGACGAAAAACAAAGACUAGAGCAGGAGAAUGAGAAGCUCCAUUCUAGCAAGGAGGAGAACAUUGCCCUGAAGCAGGAGAGAGACAGAGUAGAGGAGGACAGACACAGGCUGGAGGGCGAGAUGAAGACGCUUCAAACGGCCUUGUCGCUUGUGGAAGAAGAGAAGAAUAGUUUGUCCUUAGUUCUUUCUGCGCUGGAACAAGAGAAGCAAAGAGCUGCAGACGAAAAGGAGAAACUGUCGGAGGAGCAACAGAAGCUUCAGUCCACGGUUGUCUCCCUGGAGGAGAAGCUGGAAACACAGCAGCUGUCUGUCUCCAAACUCAACGAGCAAGUGUCUGAGCUGUCGACUCGUGUCGCUCACGUGUCCAAAGAGAGAGACGCCACCCAAAACAAGUUGAGACUUUGGAUGAAGACUUGCAAACAGCUGGAGCAAGAGAAGAUGCUCCUACUGAGCAGCUCAGAUGGUCUGUGCAGUGAAGCUUCACAGGUGGAGGAUAAGCAGCUGCAAAUUCAAGCAGAGGAGAGGAAGAAGGAGGUAGAGGAGCUGAAGUCAUCCCUUAAGGAGGCGAGAGCGGAGUGUAAAGAAAGAUGCAAAGAGGUGGAGGAGCUCAAGGCGGCCCUGGACGCUCGCAGCAGAGCUCUGGAGGAGGUCAAAGGGGAACUCAAAGAAGUCGAGCAGCUGGUGGAGGAGAAGACGAAAGAAGUGGACGACACCAUGAACAAAUACUGCAGCUUGAUGCUGGAGGUGCACAAGCUGGAGGUGGCCAAUGAAACCCUGACGACGAGGCUGGAGUAUUUGAUCGCGAGCAAACCCGCCAACAAAGACAACCUCAACCACUCCGGGACCGCUGACGGCCGCAGACGCUCGACGAGGUCCUCUACCAAAAAACUGGAUGUCCAAACAGAAAACUCUGCUCGUUCGACUCCGCAGAAAUCACCACCGGGCUCCUCACCCGGGAAGAGGGGUCAUAAACAUAUGAGCAAUAAGGACAGCGCCCAGGAGGCUCUUCACAACCUCACCAAGAAGAUCAGAGCCAACGCUGUGACCACGCCAAAACAGACUACCGAACAGGAGGACGAGUUCAGGCCCGAGGGGCUUCCAGAGCUGGUACAGAGAGGCUUUGCUGACAUCCCGCUGGGUGAGGCCAGCCCCUUCAUCAUGAGGAGAACCACUGCGAGACGCUGCAGCCCUCGACUGACUGCCAGGCAGACAUUAGACAGCAAGGUGCCUCCUUCCUCGACUGACAAGUGUGAAGAAGUGGUCGCUCCUCGUUCGCACGAGUCACCAGAGCAAGGGGACAACUGUCAUGUUCAGUAAACCCAAACACACAGCACUGUGGUCUCGGACGACAUUUACAGUUAAUUACACUAUACUUCUUUGAACACCAUUUUAGUCGUUCAAGUCAAUCCUUACAGUUAUCAUGCACCAUUUAUUUUACGUAAUUUCUAAGUGGUUCAAUGCAGGUGAUAAUAUGAAAAGCAGCACUCGGGACACAAUAGACCUUAUUUGCAACAUAUCAGUAACAGCUAGCAUGACAACUUCCGCAAGUGAAAACAACAUUCCGAAUUCCUCUGGCGGUAUUUAAAUCAGUUUCUCAAAUUCACAUUGUUACAUUGUUUUUGUCUUGCACUGUAUAUAUUUCAUUGUCCACUAAGCCGUGUUUUCAGCCUGUGUUCCUUUUACUGCAUGCUGUAGAUAAUGUUAACUCCAGCAAUGAGUCCUGUGUUCCAGGAUCUUCUUUCCUUCUAACGCCAGCUACCUUUUCAUGUCCUUUUUUUUUUUUUUUUUUUUUUUUUUUGGUGCUUGGACUGCUUCACCUUCUGAUAUUUUUAUAGCUUGGUAUCUUUUGUUUUUCUAAUUACAGUUUGAGCAUAUUCAAGCAUUUUAUGACGGGAAGUUGCUUAUAGUUAAUGUGCAGGUGUAGGAGGUUACUGGUUAUUGUGAAUACUUGUUAUUUCUCACUAAACUUUUUUAAACAACCUUAAAGCGUGUGUAGUCUGUCUUGAGCAAAGCCUUUCUGCUAAAUCAGUUUUUUUUUCUUUUGUUUUGUUUUGUUUUUUUAAUUUAGCAUGACUAAUUGUGAAUGGGGAUCCUGUUAGCAUAAUUCUGUGGUGCGUCACCACACUAAACUGACACAAAGUCAACACUUGACUGGUCCAAACAGUUCAGGCUCAAUGUGUGGUGUUUGCACACUUGAGUCAGGCGUCACUCGUUCAUCUUUCUUUUGUGAGUCGACCUUUACGAUGUCCCAACCACAAUUCACUGUUGAUACAAAAUUGCGUCCCAAACGGUUCCAUGCAGGUAAAACAACUAUACUUCCCCUUUAAUAAAGUGUGAUAGUCA